CGGCUGGGCAGGCCUGGGCGGGGCCGCGGACGCCAGGCCCCCAGUUCCCCGCCAGGCUGCAGGCGCCGGGGCCGGGCCGUCAGGGCAGCUGUGACCCUUGCGCUCUCCGGGCGGCGAGCUGGGGGUGCGCCCGGUCCUUCGCCCCCAGGAUCAUGGGGAAUGGCAUGACCAAGGUACUUCCUGGACUCUACCUCGGAAACUUCAUUGAUGCCAAAGACCCAGAUCAACUAGGCCGGAAUAAGAUCACACACAUCAUCUCCAUCCACGAGUCACCUCAGCCUCUGCUGCAGGACAUAACCUACCUUCGCAUCCCAGUGGCUGACACCCCUGAGGUGCCCAUCAAAAAGCACUUCAAAGAAUGUAUCAACUUCAUCCACUGUUGUCGUCUCAAUGGAGGAAACUGCCUUGUGCACUGCUUUGCAGGCAUCUCCCGAAGCACCACCAUCGUGACAGCGUAUGUGAUGACUGUGACGGGGCUAAGCUGGCGGGAUGUGCUUGAAGCCAUCAAGGCCACCCGGCCCAUCGCCAACCCCAACCCAGGCUUUAGGCAGCAGCUGGAAGAGUUUGGCUGGGGCAGUUCCCGAAAGCUUCUCCGACAGCUGGAGGAGCGGUUUGGAGAGAGCCCCUUCCGCGACGAGGAGGAGAUGCGCGCGCUGCUGCCGCUGUGCAAGCGCUGCCGGCAGGGCUCUGCGAGCUCAGCCGCCUCCCCCGUGCCCAGCUCCUCGGCCUCCGAGGGGACCUUGCAGCGCCUGGUGCCGCGGACGCCCCGGGAAGUCCACCGGCCGCUGCCGCUGCUGGUGCGCGUCAAGCAGACUUUCUCUUGCCUCCCGCGGUGUCUGUCCCGCAAAGGCGGCAAGUGAGGAUCCCGCCCCGCUGCGGCGCCCCUCGUCCUCCUGACUGGUCCCCUAUGGGGGCUGUCUGGGCCUCCCACGGCCUUCAGGACGGGCCCCGAGCCUGUGGGAGCCCCGCAGCGACCUGAUCCCGGCCCCUGCCCCUCUUCCUGCCUCGCUUGUCUUCGUCUGCAGUCAGUGUGUCCUCCAUCUGUGUGUGUAUUUCUGUGUCUGGGCCGGCCUGCUGCAGCCACCUGGUGCCUUAGUCCUUGGGCUGGGGGAGGGUGCACCCGGGCCUCCUCAUUAAAGGCGGAGGGAGUGGGAAUGGGUGGGUAGGGGUUGGAUGGGCCUGGAGGAUAUUAAAGAGACACAGAAGCUGCCUGUCUGAUCGUCUCCCAGUCAUUCAGCAAAGGCCUGGCUGCAGGACUCUGCCUGGGGCAGGAGCCUGCCGGAAACAGGAAUGGGAGAGGGUUUGCGUCCCCAGGGGCCUGAGGAGCCUGCCCGGCUCUGGGAAUUGUGGUCGGGAAUUGCUGUCCACUGGGCUGAAUCUCACUUCCCUGACCCUCGCCCCCAUCUCACCCUGGAGCCCUGGUCUCCUGAAAGAGCCCCCAGCCCCUCCUUCUCUCUGAACCCCUCUCCCCCUGGCUGAGCCCCUGUCCUCCCUGAGCCCCCUCCUCCUCCCCAGCUCCCUUCCUUUCCC